AUUGAAAUAUCAUAAAAUUAUGUGAAACGACAGCUUCAACAAAGACAUCCGCGAAAAAUUUUGUAACUGUCGCGUCCUAUAUCGGUAUUAUUUUACGCUCAAGCUCAGAUGAGUUAACUGGGGUUGGUAACAGCGCGCCUACCGUUCGAGGAUCAGCUGUUGUCGGCGCAUGUGCAGCUGGCGCGAGGGGGGCUGUAGGCCGGCGCUCCGCCAUUGACGCGGCCGCUCGCUCGGCACACGCACCGCUCCGUGCUACGAAUCCUUCCCACAUUUAUACGAAACUGUUCGGUGUCGAUGGACGCGCGCGUCCCCGGUGCGUAGUGAUCGCGCAUCGUACUCACACGUACUGUUUAUCUGUUACCGGUGUAUAGUUAGCCGCUGUGCGCCCUACUGGGCCGCCCGCCAGCAUGGACGCGAUACUGGCAGCGCUCGUCGCUCUCAUGGCACUGGCCGCCGCGAUGGCCGCCGUGCUCAGUACACUCUCUAAGGCGGCGAUAUUCGUCAUCCUUGCCGUAGCGCCCUGCGUCUACCGAUAUAGGAGGCACAUUUACGUGUUCAUCAAAACACUGCCGAGAGACUGCAAAUUCUUAUGGCGUUACGCCAAUGGUAUGAUCAGGUCGAAGAGAUGGGGCCGUCAGGAUGCGACGGUGGCGGAGCUGUUCACACGGCGUGCCCUCAAGAACCCGGACGCUCCAUGCUUCUUUGUCGUCGGUGACCGCGACUGGACCUUCGGAGAGAUGGCUGCUAACUCUAACAAGGUAGCGCGAGUGAUGCAAGAGCACAUGGGCCUGAAGCGUGGAGACGUGGUGUGCGUGUUCAUGCCCAACUGUGGGGAGUAUGUCUGGACUUGGCUGGGCAUGGCCAAGCUGGGCGCUGUGUCUGCCCUCAUCAACAGCAACCUGCGCCACAAGCCGCUGCUGCACUGCAUCCAGGUCGCCAAGGCAAAGGCUAUCGUUUUCUCCGACCAGCUUGCUGACGCAAUAUCUGAAGUCCGCGAUCAGCUGCCGGAAAGCUUGAAGCUAUUCCAGCUGUACGGAGAGUGUUCCCCUGGAGUGCUGGACCUGGCUGCGGAGAUGGAGAGGCAUCCACCGGAUUAUCCCAUCGUGACUGACAAGCCACGGUACAAGGAUACGCUGCUCUACAUCUACACUUCUGGCACCACCGGCAUGCCCAAGUCUGCUAUACUGCCCAAUUCUAAGUAUCUCCUGGUGGUAGUGGCGACGGUGCACAUGUUGGGUCUGAAGAAGUCGGACCGCAUGUACAACCCGCUGCCUCUGUACCACAUGGCGGGCGGGCUGGUGGGCACGGGGGCUGCCCUCGUGGACGGCAUCCCUUCAGUACUGCGCACCAAGUUCUCUGCGUCCAACUACUGGACUGAUUGCAUCAAGUAUGACUGCACGGUGGCUCAAUACAUCGGCGAGAUGUGUCGCUACCUGCUGGCGCAGCCGGCGCGGCCGACGGACGCGCAGCACCGCGUGCGCAUCAUGGUCGGCAACGGGAUGAGGUCCGCCAUCUGGCAGCAGAUUGUCGACAGGUUCAAAGUGCCUCAGAUAAACGAGAUAUACGGAGCGACGGAGGGCAACGCCAAUAUAAUAAACGUGGACAACACGGUGGGUGCGGUUGGUUUCCUGCCGAAGUUGGUCCCGACGAGCCUGCACCCCAUCGCGCUGGUGAAGGCGGACGAGACCGGCACGCUGCUGCGCGGAGACGACGGAUACUGCAUACGGUGCAAGCCACAUGAGCCGGGCAUGUUCAUUGGGCUGAUCGCUCAGGGCAACGCUUCGCGGGAGUACUACGGAUACGUCGAUAAGGACGACAGCAACAAGAAGUUGGUCCGCAACGUGUUCUGCAAGGGCGACGCGGCCUUCGUAUCCGGUGAUAUCCUGGUGGCUGACGAGCUCGGCUACCUCUACUUCAGAGACCGCACCGGGGACACUUACAAGUGGAAAGGAGAGAACGUUGCCACCGCAGAGGUCGAGAACGCCAUGUCACCCAGCCUGCAACAGAAGGCCUGCGUCGUUUAUGGUGUUUCUAUCCCGCAGACGGAGGGUCGCGCCGGCAUGGCAUGUAUAGCGGACCCGGCGCGCGCGCUGCCGCUGUCCCGGCUGGCGCGCGACCUCGACGACUCGCUGCCCUCCUACGCGCGCCCGCUCUUCCUACGGAUCAUCAAUGAUAUUGAGAUCACUGGCACGUUCAAGUUGAAGAAACUGCAGUAUCAGAAGGAAGGCUUCGACCCGGAGGUGAUCAAGGACCCGCUGUACUUCCGACUCGGAGCAGACUUCGUGCCCAUCACACCACAGCUCUACACCGACAUCUGCACAGGGAAGAUCAAACUGUAGACACGCACGCCAUCUAUACACCAACCGACGUACUGUACAGACUGGACCAUUACGUGCAACACGGCCAGGCACUCAUAGACAAAACUUAGACUAAAUCUAUUAUUUUAUUGGGAGUCAACGCUACCGUUCACGUAGUCUACCUGUAUCGUAUGAUGGUUGACUCUAUGUAAAUUGUUUUGUGAAUUCUACAAGCAUUCGGCACCGCUCAAGCCAGCAACCCACUGGCACUUGUGAUACACUAUCUAUUAAAAAAUGAAAAAAACCCUAAAUGGGCUAACGAGAGAAUUGUCUGCUCAAGCAGCAUUAUACUAAGUUAGACCAGAUCACUUCUCUGCACUAAGCCGGCAUCAUUUCCUUGUAUCCAGCGAGUUUAAGCUUUAUUACAUUACCCAUUAGGUAAAUUACAUUAAUAAUUUAAUAAAGAAUUCGUAAAUUGUUGUUCAAAACAUUAGUAGGUAGUUAAGGUAAACGGGCGAAGGAGUGCGGAGAACUAGUUAAAUUACUAUAUGAUGUAACCUAGAAUGGAUGUGGGCGUAACUAUGGGCUUAUAUUUUAAUAAAAGUAAAUAAUUAAUUAAAUAUCGUUCGAUCCUCGUUGUGAACAGGUGUGACGUGUCGUGUCGUCCGGUGACGUCACUUGUGUCGUGUCGUUCAAGUCGAUAUAAUUGUUUAGGCGUAGCCAGGGGUAGACACUAGUUGUUGGGUAAUGUUUCUGUUGGGAACUAAAUAAUAAUAACCUUACGAUUCCGAUAUCUAAAUCGAAUCCUAUAUUCCAGCCAUUUCCGUUACACAAAUCAUUUUACAAUUAAUAUCUACACUUCAUUAUGAAAGUUGCAAACGCUGAUAAGAGAAACAGGUAAUGUAUGUAGCUUAUUAGUUGACAUUCCACCAUCUAGUCACUUAAGGUGUUCUAUUCAUUUAUCUUAAAAUAUAUUAAUGUACCUAUGUAUGAGUUCCUAAGGUUCGUUCUACUAAACCUCUUUCAAGUUCUGGCGACGACUCGACUGGUUUUUGAGAAAGCUUGGAGUCUUGAAUGUGGUUCUGUGAACGUAGUAAUGUAUUUUAUUUUUAGGCACUUUACAAGUCCUGUUGUUAGCGAAACACACCUAAUAUUAUGUUGAUUCCACUGCAAAUAGUCGCAAUACGGACAGUGUAUUUAGAUUUUUGUGCCUUGAAACGAAAAUCGCUGCACAGUAGUGUAGACUAGGGAAACUUUGCAGUUUACUCCUAAACAAAAUUAUUACGUAAGUUGUAAAUAAUUAUAAUAAACGAUUAAAAUGUC